AUGUUUUCCCGUAAUGCUUUAAGAACCUUUGAUCAUUCAAGUGUUGUUAUUUCACGAAGAUGUAUCUCCUUUUCAGCUUCGGUAUUUCAGCAAAAUAGUGUUCAAUUGGAUGAAAUAAAAGAUGAACAUUUAGAAAACAAGGAAAAACACGUGUCGCCAUUUGAGAGGGUCCAAAAUGUUGCAGCCGAUUUGAAGAGUGAGUUGAAGGCUCCAGGCUCUGACAUUAAUGAAGUUUUCAAUGAUUUCAAAGACAAAGUUGAAUCUUUGAAACAAAGUUUACGGAAUCCUUCACCUAUGGAAAGAUCCCACUUAUUGGCGAACUUUUCCUCGGAUCUUUUACAGGAAUUAAGCCAUAAAAACAAAGACAUGAAAAUAGAUCCCUAUCAAGUUUUAAAUACGUUAUGUCAAUACAAAUUGGCCCGUUCGCAACAUUUUACCAUUGUUUUGAGGUAUCUUCUAUCAAAUCAGUCUCCACAAGACGUUAUUGCCCUAUGGGUAAGAUAUUUAGAAACAAUUUCAGAAAACCCAAUGAUCUUACUUCAAAAUAGCUCCCCUCAUGCACAUACACAAAAUAUUGCUAUUACCACCAUUGCUUAUUUACUCUUGCCGGAAAAUACUGUCAAUAUCAAAAUUUUGCAUAAGAUUUUGCAGAUCGAUGAAAAAAUGGGUCAGAUUUUACCCUUUAACAUGAUAAAAAGAAUGUUAAAUAUCGAAUAUAGUUCUCUUGAAGGGAGGGAUGUGGUUAUGAAGAACCUGAAUGGCUUAUACUAUCAAUAUACGGUACAGGACACUGGUCACUUCCUAAAUCAAAUUGAAAACGCUCCUAGAUGGAUAGAUUUAAGAGAUCUCUACGGCCAAUACGAUAAACUUGAAGGUGAAAAAAACAUUGAAGUCAUUGCUAUGUUCAUGGAUAAGUUUAUUGAUUUGCAGAGGCCCGAUCAAGCGGUAAGUAUUUACAAUCAGUAUAGUACGAUUUUCCCCCAUAACUUGCCCCUAAAGGAUCGUUUAUUGAAUGCUGUAGCACAUCUGCGAGCCAAUUCUAGUAAAGAGAAAUUGGAUAGAAUCCUAGCAGUCUGGAAUAGUGUUAUCAAACCAGAAGGUGAUAUUAAAAAUACAUCUUAUGCGUCGUUGGUCAAGGCUUUAUGCAGUUCAGGAAAUUUCAAUCACUUAAAGGCAUUUUGGGAAGAGGAACUUCCUGAGAACUUCAAGAAGGACCCCAUAGUGAAAGAAGCAUUUCUCCUGGCUCUAUGCCAGACCUCCCCAUUAACAUACGACCAGAUCAAGGGAGAAUUAGGAGAGACUGUGAGAACUAAGAAACUGCUCAAUAAAGUUUUGCUCUUCAUGUUAAGCGAUGAAAAAGUGAAUGAAGAACAAUUCAACACAUUCUACCAUAAACAUUAUCCAGCCGAUGGUACCUCUUCCCCCACUUUGGAAACUUUGAGCAUCAAAAUGUAUGCCAACUAUAAAUAUCAAGCAGAAGAUGUGCGUCCAGAAUUUAGGCUACUGCAAAGUGUUUCCGUGAACCCCAAAGAUUACGAAAAAGUCGAAAAAAUUACAAAAGCGUUCACUUCCAUAUGCCCCACUAUAGAGCCAAUUCAUCAGCUUUACAAACAGUUAGGAACUAGUUUGAAUGCUAGGAACUAUGCUGAUUUCAUUUCAGCGGAGUUUAGUAAGCCUAGCGGUACGGUGGCUGAGGCAGAGAGUUUGUUCGAAGGCUUCUUAGCGUAUCAGAAAACUAGAAAAAGAAAUGUGGAUAACACACCAUUGAAUGCCUUAUUAUUAGGGCUCUGUGAUAAGCUUUACAAAAGUAAACAGGGUGAGUAUAUUUUCUCCAUCGAAAAGUAUUAUAAUCUAGCUAAAGAUUCGAGAAUCAGGGUGUCAAACUUGGCAAUUUCAAAAAUUUUAUUCAAUUUGGCAACCUUUGCACGUAAUUCUAAGGAGUUAGAAGAAACCGAAGUGGGCUUUAUUAAUCAAUUCUUGCAAGAUGUAGGUAGCAAUGGAAGUUUUCGUCCCAAUUUCAAAGAUAUACAAAUUCUAAAAGAAUGCGAUGGAAUUACAGUUCCAGAGACUCUUCUAGAAGAAGUUUAUCAUAAGAAGAAAUAG